GACCAAUCGCGAGGCGUGUUGUGUGUCAAGUGUAACGCGCUCGUCUUCCUAUGCGAAACAGUGACGAGUCCUGUUCAAUCCGGUGAAGUCCUGCGAAGUCAGCUGUCGCGCCGCCCUCCAGAGUUCAGAUUAUUUUUGUCCGUUUGAAAAGCACAAAACAACCCUUCAACCAUGGCCGACGAUGAAGCUAAGAAGGCGAAACAGGCGGAAAUCGACCGCAAGAGGGCCGAAGUACGCAAGCGUAUGGAAGAAGCGUCCAAAGCCAAAAAGGCCAAGAAGGGUUUCAUGACCCCAGACAGAAAGAAGAAGCUCCGUCUGUUGUUGAGAAAAAAGGCAGCCGAAGAGUUGAAGAAAGAACAAGAACGCAAAGCUGCCGAAAGGAGACGGAUCAUCGAAGAGCGAUGCGGACAACCGAAGAACAUCGACGAUGCCGGCGAAGAUACGAUCAAACGGGUGAUCAAAGAGUAUUACGACAGGAUCACGAAAUUAGAAGAUCAAAAGUUCGACUUGGAAUACGUCGUGAAAAAGAAAGAUUUCGAGAUCAGCGAAUUGAACAGCCAAGUCAAUGACUUACGAGGAAAAUUCGUCAAACCAACAUUGAAGAAGGUUUCCAAAUACGAAAACAAAUUCGCAAAACUCCAAAAGAAAGCGGCGGAGUUCAACUUCCGAAACCAACUGAAAGUAGUAAAGAAAAAGGAGUUCACCUUGGAAGAAGAAGACAAAGAGAAAAAACCCGAUUGGUCCAAAAAAGGAGACGAAAAGAAGGUAAAGGAAGAAGUGGAAUACGAGGCAGGAGAAGGAGAAGACGGUGACGGUACCGAAGACGAAAAGACCGACGAUGGUUUGACCACCGAAGGCGAAUCGGUCGCGGGCGAUCUGACUGACGCGACGGAAGACGCGCAAAGCGACAACGAGAUACUCGAACCAGAACCAGUGGUCGAACCUGAACCAGAACCUCAACCACCGUCUCCGGCGCCAGAAGAACUUUGGGCUUACCUCAAGGACACCGUGUGCUCAAAUAACCCGCUCAGCGUCGAUGACCUAGUUGACAAACUCAUGACUGCCGUCACGGCCAUACCACAACCCCUAUUGAACUCAGUGGUCAAAGACACUAUCAAAAAACAAAAAUCAAUUGACGAAGGACUCGAAGGUGGUCCCCCGGCUGAAGGUGAUCCCGCAGCACCCACUGACCCAGCUGACCCUGCAGCACCCGCUGACCCAGCUGACCCUACGGCACCCAUCGACCCAGCAACCGAAACGGCUGCACCGGCCGACCCAGCUGACCCUGCCGUUGAAGCGGCGGCACCGACCGAUCCGGCCACAGUGGCCGCGGAACCAGCGGACCCGGCCACAGCUGCACCGGCUGAAGCGGCGGAAGCACCACCAGCUGAAGGUGAACAACCAGCAGCUACCGAGGAAGUCAAACCAGCUGAAGCACCAGCUGCCGAGGCCACACCCGAUGCAGCACCUGCAGCGGAAAGCGUUCCGGAACCAGCAGCAACAGCUUAAUAAAGACAAUG